AUGGCCGAUGGGGCGUUUCAGGGAUUUCGGCCGACAUUACAAAGCACACGGAGGUCGGCGCAUCGCUCCGUUUAAUUUUUUUUUUGUUCAUCACCUCGUUUUCCACAAUAAUUUGCAGUUUGUUAAUUUCUUCCUGCUAAUUGCUUUUGAAAAAAAAAAUUAUGAGUCCAUUGAAGCGUUCGGACUGAAACAGCGGCAGCUGUAUAGUGAAUAUGUUUUCAACCAAUUGCAUUUUAUCCGUUUUUUUUGUGAAUUUAUUUAUUUCUGUUUGUUUGUUUUCAGUUUUCUUUUAGUAGGAGACAGUUAUUUUUAGACGCUUCUUGCUCUUCUCUUUCCUGCAAAGAAUGGCUGGAGAAGAUCAAAGAACUUUGCUCAUGUCAUCGGCAACGUCUUCAUCAGUUUUGAUUCAAAGAUUCGAUGAAGGUAUCAUGUAAAUUUGAAGAUGUGGUCCACAACUAUCUUUUCAGGAGAUCAAGCUCGACAAUGGCCAUGCGCCUCUUGCGCUAACAUCUUGGCUAUUGUCCACUUGCUCAUCGGAGUUUCUUUAUUGGUCAGAUCAAGUUUUUUUUUUGAAACAUGAAGAUUUGAGUUAGGAAUGCAAAAUAUUCCGGAGCUUGAACAAACAUUUUUCAGUAUCUCUCUCUCAACUUUCUUUUCAACGAGCCAUCACUCAAAGCAAUGAAAAGCUCUGAGGAAAAGAAGAAGCAAUCUCGAAAUUGGACUCAAAUUAUCUUCUCUCCAUAAAUCUUAAAAGAAGAAAAAAGUUAAUUAAUUAAUUUUUCUCUUUAUUCCGGUCUGAAGAUUUCAUGAAACUCCCAAUUUCCAUUUAGAAUCAAAACAAUUAAGUAAAAGCCUACAGGUAUUCGAUCUGGCAACGAACGACGUAUCGAAGAGCGUCCUCGCCGUCUCGGCUUCUUUCGUUUUUAUAAUUUGUGCAAUUUUCUGCUUCAUCACAACAUGGUUUUCCAUAUUCCCUGUUUUGAAUUGAACCUCACUUCUGCAGUCGGUUGGAUAAGUGCGCACAAAUUCUGCUUUUCUGGUUCGCCUUUGUCUCGGUGAUUCUGUCGACGGGCAUGUUCCUGUUGAGCGGCUCGGUUCUCAAUUCGCCGUGUUUUCCCGCCGACGGCUGUUCUCAUCUCCAGCACGUCGUUCACGCUCAGAUAGUCGUUCUGAGCCUCGUCGAGUGUGAGUUUACUUUUCAACGAUAAGAACAAUAAACAAAAAACUGAUCUUCAUUCGAUUCAUCGAAAAAAUAACAGAUCCUGUAUACUCUGUUCAGAUUUUGAAUGUCAAUUAAAAUGACGUUAUUCUAAAAAUGUGCGUGGCUCGCUCUCUGAUGGGUUUAUCGCGCCAUUGGGGGCGGAGCUUGAGCGACGAUUUGACAUUUAAAAUCUGAACAGACUAUAUUUUUGAAAUUUUCUUCCGGGUUCAAGUUUUCGGUUUUUUUUUUCAUAAAGCCCAUGCCGUGUUCAAAGUAAUUCCCGCAAAAUUCGAAAUUAUCUCUGAUUCUUCAAAAUUUUGUUAUCUUUUUCCUUUACGGACGUUUUUUUUUUGAGAUCAAAGGACUAAGUAUACUAUUUGAGAUGUAACGAAAAUCCCUGUAUGAUGCUGCUUUAAUUUCAAUUUUUUUCAUUCCAAAAAUUUUUCUAUUACCGCGCAUACUUUUAAAGGCAUAGGGGCAGUAAAAAAUGGGGUUUCAGGUGAAAGCAGCAUCUUAUAUAGUUUUUUAUUGCGAAUCGAAUGGUGUACUCAAAAAAAUUACAGGUGUGACAACUUUAGAAGAAAAACGCGAUUUCACUUUCCCGCCUUUAAUUUUGAAAAAAGCUUUGGAUCGGUAUGCAGACAACUGUUUACAGUAGCCGUGCACGAGAUGUUGCGGACGUCUUAUUAGACUCGCAUUUUUGUAUGAAAUGACCGGCUAUCUGCUUCAAAUUAAGGGUUUCUUCUCUGAAAAAAAUUGAUUAAGAAAAACCGAAAAACACAGUGAUAAUAAAGAAAAACACAAAUAAUCGCUAUCCCAAUCGAAACCUGUGUAAAAUCAUCAUUUUUCACCAGAAAAGCUUUUUUGCGAUCAAAGUUUGCAAAUUAUACAUGAAUCGAAGGCUUUGGUGACGAAAAAAACUCUGGUGACAACAGAAAAAAUUGAAAAUUAAAAGAAACGAAGAAAAAAGCGAAAAUUCGGAAGAUGGCGAACCCUGUUGUCCAUAGAGCAACUUUACUGCAAGGCGCCUUUUUCGCGGGAACUCAAGCUUUCUUUUCUCCGACUUUGAAUUAUUUUUUCUCCAAAACUAGGAAUUUCUGUACGUUUCCAAGUUCACCGUUCGAUUUGCAAUGAAAAGCUCUACAAAAUACUGCUUUGAACUGAAACACCGUUUUUUACUGCCCCUAUGCCUUUAAGGGAAAAUGUCAAAGUAAAAAAGGUGGUGAAAUUAUUUUUAUUUCAGUUACAACUUCGAUCAUCACCAUGUUUGUGUGCUUCCGAUCGCUUCGGAACGCUUUCGGAGUCCUCGAACCUCACAGUCCGUACCGUACUCUGAUGGUUGGCGACUACUCAACCCUUGCCGCCAAACCACAAUACGUUCGUUAA